AUGAAGUGUCACGUAGCUCUACUCCUCUGCGCCUCCGUGGCGCUCGUCGCGGCCGCCGAGGAGAAGUACCCGGCCACGUUCGACAGCCUGGACCUGAAGGCGCUGCUGUCGGAUGAAACGCGAGUCCAGGACGCGGUGCGCUGCCUGCUGGAAGAGGGAGACGCAGCGUGCAGACCCGCCGGGAAGGCGCUCAAGGAUGUGCUGCCCGAAAUAGUGCGCACAGACUGCGCCAAGUGCACUGAGACACAGCACAAGAAGAUCGGAGGUUUCUUCGGAGAGAUUUCGCGCCGCCACCCAGACCUCAUGAAGAAGUUGCUGGACAAGUACGACCCAUCUGGAGAAUACAGGAAGAAGUACGCCAAGUCCUGGGCCGAGCACAGCAUCCACCACUAAUCACCAUCAUCCCUUGUAACUCUUAUAUUUAAUAAAUC